AUUCAAAUUUUUUUCAGACUAUUUGAACUUGGGAGUCGAGGCACAAUUGGGUCAUUACGACCACAUUUGAGAGGAAAACAUCCUCCAGACUGUCUGUCUGGCUAAAGAAAGUUUGGGAUACUGCUGAACGUUUGGAUUGGAUGUUGCCUCAUGUUUUUGAUGAAUUGGGGUCUGUAUUGGAACACAGACAAAUUUAAGGCAAUAUCUGAACAAGCCAAAAAGGCUAGAGGGAGUCUUAAGGUUGGCUCGUUGCACAUCGAAGGUGCAAAGAGCGUUGGCACAAUUGCAAGAGAGAUGGGACGCACUCUCAUUGAACCGGAGGUUUUCAAGAAGACUCAUGUUAGGAAGAAAGAAAAUGAGUUGGAUCCGGAUGUGUGGGUGGAGGAAAGGGUCGAACGGACUUUUAAUGACUUUCAUCAGUACGUCGCUGAGAAUCUUGAUAGUUCGGUCCAAUUGACACCUGAACUGUCCACGGGUAGGGGGAACACACAAGGGUAGAUGAUAUGGUCUAGGAUCUCGAAAUUAUGUAAGACGACUCCAGUCAGGCUUAGAAGGUAUUGGAUCGUCAAGUCAAGCCGAAGCACUUGACGGUGUUCAGAUUGUUGUUAUGUCGGCUCAAAUAGCAUAAUUUACAUCGGCACUAGCAGCGCAGCGUCGGAGCGGAGAAGAGAAGCUGAACAACGAAGCAUGAGCGAGACCGUUCAGCAAAUCAAAGAACAAGUGAUGAACCUCGCUCGUCGACCUACUACUUCGGCUCCCGAGGACACCAACAAUGACAGUGAUGAUGAGGAUGAUUAUGUAGAACCCACUCCCUAGUUUAGAUCUCUGGACAUUUAUGAAUUUUUUUAAAUUUUGAAACGAA